AUGACCACUCACCACCUCCCCGUCAGUGUUUGUCCACCACAACCCAAACGGCAGCCCGACCGUGACUCUCAGUCCCGAAAUCACUCGACAAGCAGCUUCUACCAUGACCGUCCUGGUCGUUCAGGAAUAGAUGUCCCUGCUUCUUCGAUCAUGGAUUAUCCCAGGUACCAGCGCUCGCCACAACGACGAAACGCAAGCUCCGAGCAGGCUCCGACCCAACAGACACUGAGUGCCGUCAAUAAUAAUAAUAAUAGUAAUACCAACCUUGGGGGUAUGGCUGGAGAGCCCACCGGUGGCCGGACUUCAUCGGGCUCUGCCAAAUCUUUAGCAGCCAGGACGCCCCCCGACAAGCAACUCUCGCAGAUUGAGAAAAGCGUCACCCACCUUCUUGUGGCAACUAAGGAACUCCUAGAGACGUUAACACAAUGGUCAAGGGGCCAAGCAACCGAGGUCAAAGUCUCCGACGUGUACGUUCGCCUUGGAUAUGAGUUCAACCUUGCUUGUCGGGCAUUUGGGGCAAUCGGAGUUGAUACUUCAGACCUGGGGCCCGUUCCCGAUUUAUUACGAACCAUUCUCGAAGAUACGCUCAGUCAGGAUGCAUGCACCGAAAGUCUCGACAGAUAUUUACCUCGUAUACGCGACAUCAUCAUCAACCUACUCCACGGAUUGAAGCGUAAGCAAGCACGGUUACGAUCCAGACAAUCAAAAGGUAUACCACCCCGUCAGGGAAGCCAAGGAAGUGCUGCAAGCGGAGAAACCGCCCUGCCACCACCGGAUGAAGCGCGGCUGCCAUCUCCGUCAAAACGGCCGUCAGAUGGCGGGCGGAGCAAUCCCUACGAUGAUCAGGUCUCCGUAGCGAGCAGGAAUACCUCGUCCAACUGGCCUAGUGAUCGUCAAGGCGCAACGUAUUCUGAAAGAGACGCUAUCAGAAGAGAUGCACAGCGUUCCAUAGUCGCGUCUAUUUCAUCAUCGUCCAUCUCCAGCUCGACGAUGCAGAACAUGCCUGUGCUUCAGCCCAACGAUCAAGGAUCGUCAACCGGUCGCUCCCAAUCGCCUGCCAGUCAGAACCAGCUCCGUAAUUUUCCUCAUCCUCCUCCGCCACCACCAAAAACAAACGAUGCAAUCGGUAUGCUACAGAGGAGUGGAGAGCUCGAACGCAGGGCCUCGCGACGAUUUUCCGCAUACCAGAUUCAAAAGCAUCUCGGGUCUACAAAUGGAGUUCCAGUCCUCCCGACUUCUCAGUCGUCGCAGUUGUCCAAUCGAGGGCGUGACGUACGUGAGUCGAUGAACGCCGUGCGACUGCGUGGUCCCGUUCAAGGCCGGCAGAAGUCAGGUAAUCGUCGAGUUGGAGACACUAGUCGGCUCCCAGUCACUCCCGAACCUACUCUCAAAACCAGAAUAGAACCACCGCCGGAAUCCACCCCCGAUGGCACUCCAACAGAUAAGAUUCGAGAUCAGCAUGACGCUGAAAAUAGUGAUAUUUUCUCUGCGGACAAGGCAGCUCCAGCCUUGCCUCAAAUUCCGGAGCGAGACUCGCUUCAGGAUGAAGUGGAUAAAGCUGGCAAACGUGAAGCUGAAAGUGAUGAGAUUAGAAUUACGACCAUGGAUUCGGACCAGUCGCGGCCGACGCAGUUUACCCCGGAGAUGUCACCUCCGCCACCUAGUAAAGAACUCACUCUGUUCUUGCAAUACAAGUCGAAGAUUAAGAAAUACGUGCUCCCAGAAGGAUGUGCAGGUCUAACCAUUGGGAGACUCCAGUUGGCUUUUAUUGAAAAGUUUGCCUGGAAUACGCAUAACAACGGAGUAGAUCUACCCGAAAUAUAUAUCCAGGAUCCAGUUUCUGGCGUUCGCCAUGAACUGGAAGACCUUGGUGAUGUGAAAGAUCGCUCAGUCCUCGUUCUGAACGUUGAGGCACUUGAUGAAGUCAAGAAGCAUAUUGACGAAAGCGUUGGCGGCAUUCGUCGGCUUAUUGAAGGAAUGCGGGAUACCGUGGAUGGUCAGGCCACGUCUAUUCAGUUAUUGACCGACCGCCAGCAGGAUGCGGCCAAGGAGAUUGCACGGCUUGGGACCUCCCCAACGCCUAUAGCCGCAACAAAUGGACAAACUCUUCCCUUAUCCAACAAGGGUGGCUAUGUGGCGGAGAUACAGAGUUUACGUCGUGACCUUGCUGUCCUUCGACAGACGUAUUCCACCUUCUCGUUGGAUGUUUCAGCAUCUAUGAACAACGUCCGAACUAAAGCCGGCGCUGUAAAGGCCGCGGCAGCCGACAUGAGCGUCCCCUCUUUUGAAGGUGAUGCCGGCCGCGCUCGCAUAAAUGCAGGCAAAAAGGAAUUAGCCGAUGAAUCUGAGAAACUUGUCGCCCGCGUCGACGACCUACAAGACCUUGUUGAAGAUCUCCGCAAGGACGUUGUGACCCGUGGAGUGCGACCGUUGCCAAGACAGCUGGAGGCCGUCGGCCGCGACAUCAGCGCCGUCACUAAGGAAUUGAAGAAGAUGCAAGACUUCCUCAGACGCGAGAAGCCAAUUUGGACCAAAAUCUGGGAGAAGGAGUUACAGCAAGUUUGCGAGGAGCGUGAUCAACUCACCAUGCAAGAAGACCUUGCUGUCGAUCUGGAAGACGACCUUGAGAAAGCUACGCAAACGUUUGCGCUCGUCGAACAAGCUACUAAGCAGCAAGCUCUUCACGGCGCGGAUCCCAACGGUAAUGCCCCAGUUCCUGGUUUCAGAGUCCCUUCGCGGACACUCCCCCCAGAUGCAGCCAUCGAUCCAGUGAAAGCAAAGGACAGUGUUCUGGGAGAAGUCCGCGCUCUCCAGCCAAACCAUGAAAAUCGUGUCGAGGCGAUUGAGCGGGCAGAAAAGGCAAGGCAAAAGGAAUUAGAAAAUCGACGCGUCGGCAAAUUCCAGAAAGAACUCGGUGCCUUUGUGCAACAGGGGAAGUUGAAGAAGAGCGGUGGGUUUGAAGAGGCAGAGCGGUUAAGAAAAGCUAAGGAUGAAAAGAUCCGAAAAGAGGCUUGGGAGCGGACUCAAGGACUGAACACGGAAGGAUCCGUGGAAGAUCAACCUGCCAAUGGGCCGCCAAAAGAUGGGCCAUCCGAUGAGAACACUGAAACCGAAACCCCCGCUGCAGAGGAAGGGGAAGAGCCCGAAAGUCCUAUCAUCAAGGACACAGAUGUCGCUCCCACGGUGCCUGCGGCCACUGCCACUGCUGCUGAAACCCCAAGGCGUGCUUCGGGUGUAGAUAAGCCAUCUUCGGAUGCCCCCGGUACGUCUGAACAAGAUGAGCAAGGGCAGUGA